AUCUGAGGAGGAGUCUGUCCGUCUCUCCCGUCCUCGACAGGUUCAGCUCAUUCAGGGAAAAAAUGCCACCCCCACCCCCACUAGCCCCACCUCCCCUACCGCUCCCACACCAGCAGCCGUGAGCCCCGGAGAGGAGGUGCAGAUGACCUGGACGGACAAUACGGAGAAGCCCAAUAACCCAGCAGUGGCCAACCCUGAAAGCAUAAAGGAUAUGUUCAACAUGAAACCGGAAUGGGAGAACCUGAACCACUCCAAUGUCAGACGCAUGCACCACGCACAGAAACUCAACGAGGUCAUUGUGAAGAAGUCCCAGGAAGCUAAACUAGUCCUGCUAAACAUGCCUGGACCUCCUAAGAACUGCACCAAUCAGACGCGGCCAAUGGAGAACUCUUUGUAUCAGAACUAUCCAUUUUUUGCUGACAUUCAGGUGAUGAUAUUUCUCGGAUUCGGCUGCCUCCUGGCCUUUUUCCGGCGCUAUGGUUUUGGUGGAAUGGUGUUUAAUUUCCUAAUCGCCACAUUUACCAUUCAGUGGGCCAUUCUGGUGCAGGGCUUCUUUCAGUUUUACUAUGAUGGGAAGAUUCAUCUUGGUGUGCUGAAUCUGAUCCAUGCUGAGUUUGCCUGUGCUGUCGUGCUCAUCUCUUUUGGAGCAGUGUUGGGAAAGACGAGCCCUGUGCAACUCCUGAUCAUGGCCUUGCUGGAGAUCCCUGUGUUUGGUGUCACAGAAUGGGCUGUAGUGAAAUACCUAAAGAUCAACGAUGCCGGUGGCUCGAUCCUCAUCCACAUUUUUGCCUGCUACUUCGGACUGGGUGUCACCUUUGUCCUGUACAGGCCCAGCCUAAACGAGGGACACCCAAAAGAGUCGACAAGUUACCAAUCGGAUCUGCUAUCAGUAAUGGGAACCCUGUUCCUCUGGGUGUUCUGGCCCUCUUUCAACUCAGCGCUGACCUUCAAGGGUGACGACCAGCACAGAGCCGUUCUCCACACGUUCAUAGGUCUCAGUGCCUCCACAAUCACCGCCUUCGCCCUGUCCAGCAUGCUCAGCAAGAACGGCAAGAUCAGCAUGGCCGAUGUACAGAACGUAACACUGGCUGGUGGCGUAACGGUCGGUGCUUCAGUGGACAUGAUGAUUUCGCCGGCUGCUGCUUAUGUGCUGGGCAUCCUGGGAUGCAUUGUGUGCAUGCUGGGGUAUAAAUACUUGAGCCCGUUCUUGGCGCGCCGGCUGCGGUUGCAGGAUCAGUGCGGCAUACACAACCUGCACGGCCUAACGGGACUCAUUUCCAGCCUAGCGGGAAUCUGCGCCAUCCUGCUGGCGACCGAGGAAACGUACGGCCCCAGUCUCUACCAGACCUUCUCUCAUCGGGCCCCUCCAGAGGGAGACCCUCUGCUAGCGGAGUUGCAGGAAUUGAUCCCAGAUCUGGAAGCGGGUUUGGGUCGGACCGCACGGGAACAAGCCCUCUUUCAGGUGGCUGCCGUGUUCGGGACUAUUGCGGUGGCGGCAGUCGGGGGUUUGUUGACUGGUGUGGUACUCAAGUUACCGUAUCUGGCUUCCCCCAGCAAUGACAAAUGCUUUGAUGAUGAGCUUUUCUUUAAUGUUCCUCCAGAUUACAACUGCGUAAAUGGUCCACAGGACGUAGCCUAUGGUCCUAUGUUCUCAGAGACACAAACAAAACUGAUGCUGACUGAAGAAUGAAAAAGACUGUGCGUUAAGAGAAAUAAAUGUUAAUGUAGGACUGCUGUGAACUUCAGA